AUGCCUCCCCGCCGCGAUCCCCGGCGCACAAACCUCACGAGGGCCUCUGGGAUUUGGAUUACCGCACUUCCAACACAGUCUGCGACGGUCUACCAGAGUCUGCCACAGUCAACCAGAGUCUGCCACUGUCUACCAGAGUCUGCCACAGUCUACCAGAGUCUGCCACUGUCUACCAGAGUCUGCCACUGUCUACCAGAGUCUGCCACAGUCAACCAGAGUCUGCCACUGUCUACCAGAGUCUGCCACAGUCAACCAGAGUCUGCCACUGUCUACCAGAGUCUGCCACAGUCUUCCAUAGUCUACCAAAGUCUGCCACAGUCUACCAGAGUCUGCCAGAGUCUGCCAGAGUCUGCCAGAGUCUGCCAGAGUCUGCCACAGUCUACCAAAGUCUGCCACAGUCUACCAGAGUCUGCCACAGUCUACCAGAGUCUUCCACAGUCUACCAGAGUCUUCCACAGUCUACCAGAGUCUUCCGCAGUCUACCAAAGUCUGCCACAGUCUACCAUAGUCUACCAAAGUCUACCACAGUCUACCACAGUCUACCAGAGUCUGCCACAGUCUACCAAAGUCUUCCACAGUCUACCAAAGUCUUCCACAGUCUACCAAAGUCUGCCACAGUCUACCAAAGUCUACCACACCCGCAGCGUGCCGAGCAGAGGCGGAAACAGUCCCUCGGAACGGCAUCCGCGACUGCAGAAGCACAACAUGAGCCUGGAGGAGGCCCACCCACACAGAGGCGGAAGCAAAUAUGAGAGAAUCACAAAGAGGUGA